CAGUCGGCUGACGACGAGCGAGACGGAAGCGCUCGAGCGCGAGCCUGGCUACAGGAAAGGAGAACGCGCACCUAAUCCACAGAUGGCGGGGAUUAAAGCUCUAGUGGCGUUGUCCUUCAGCGGUGCAAUCGGACUGACUUUUCUCCUGCUGGGCUGUGCCCUGGAGCAGUAUGGGGUGUACUGGCCUCUCUUUGUUCUCAUCUUCUACGUGCUCUCGCCCAUCCCCUACUUCAUAGCGAAGAGGAUAAGUGACGACACUGACUCAGCCAGCAAUGCUUGCCGGGAGCUGGCAUAUUUCUUCACCACGGGCAUCGUGGUGUCGGCUUUCGGUCUGCCUAUUAUCUUGGCCCGUGCUUAUUUGAUCAAAUGGGGUGCUUGUGGACUGGUGAUGGCAGGCAACGCUGUCAUCUUCCUCACCAUCCUUGGCUUCUUUGUGGUCUUUGGAGGUGGAGAUGACUUCAGCUGGGAGCAGUGGUAGUGCCCACUGCCAAGCUGGAUCUCCUCCUCCUAUAGGAGGCAGAGGGCGUGGUGGUUGGGGUUUGGGAUGGGCAAAGAGUGGGGUGUAAACCUAAGCAACACUAAAUCAUUAGUUAGGGUCUCACUAACUGAAGAACUGUCACGUCAAAGCUGACCCAGGCCGUCGGGGGGUGCUGUUGCUUAAAGCGUUUGAUUCGCAGAAACACGCACUCUGUGGUGUUGGUUCUGAUGCCAUAUUAAAAAGUCUCUCUGCCUUGUUCCUGUCAUAUUCUCCUUCAUGAUGCUUCUUGGGAAGAAAAAUACACAUUUGUUAAGAUUGAAAGUAUUUGUUAUGCUGCCAGUCCAGGGCAGGUUUUCUGGCACUAGCUGUAUUAUGAUUAUAAUGUUUGAACUGGGACCAUGUGACAGCCACAAUGCUCAGUACAUUUUUGUCUCUCUGGAUUUAGCUUCACUAAAAAUGUCUCCCUCUAAGAACAUUAUUUCACUGAGGAUUUUAUGUGUCAGAGGGGAUGGGCUUAUGUUUCUUUAAAUGGUUUCAGCCCUAGCAUGUAAAAGCUGGUACACAGAAGACUAAAUUUAUGGCAGAACAGAAUAUUUAGACACCAACUUGGAUCUUGUCACCUUCCUAAGAAGUUGUUUGCCUUAAGAUUAUUACAUUUUAUUUUCUGAACAUACAGCAAUAUUCUACUCAUGAUAUUCCAGUGGUAUCUAACUGACAUCUAUCUUUUUAAAUAUUUGGUGCGUAGAUGAUGCAUUAAAUUCCAAUACAUUUGUUGAAACUGUACGGAGGAAUGAUAUUUUCAUUGCUGUAAUAUUUUGCAGCCAACAAAGUGUAUACAUUUAUGUUCUUAAGAUAUGUUUACAGUUGAAUCACCAAAGCAAAAAAGACAAGUGCCUGCAAUGAAUGUUCUCACAAAUUUCUAACAUAUAAUUUUAUACCUCUCUUAUUAUAUUAUAGAGUUAUAUUUCUUAUUUAGAAGUUCUAAUGUAUAUAUAAUUUACUAUGCCCCCCCGGUGGUUGUAAGCUUAUUCCCAUCUUUGCAUUCUCAGAUAUUCAAACAAAUUGUAGAUAAACUACAGUUAUUAGAGUUAUUCCAUUCAAAAUAUUUUUUGAAACACGAUGUAAUAUCAAAACAAUUUCUAUCAUAUAGGCAGCUUUUGCUUUUUUGUAACAAGAAGCUGACAUUCCGAAGACAGAUGCAAUGUUGCUCAUAUUUUGUAACAAAUUUAAAUACUUUUUGCAUUCUGUAUCCUUUAAUAAAUCACAUUUACAAAACAUGGAAAAUUUGGCAGUCAUUUCACAUUUGCGAAGGACAAUUGUAUCCACCCUGCUGAGCGUUAGGAAUCUGCGUCUUGCAAAGUUCUGUUCCAGUGGAGAAAUAAACACUUCUCAGCCAUCCAGCAAACAAUA